AUGGUGUUUGAAUGUCCUGAAGCUCGACAGGUCUGGGAACAAUAUGAUAUUCCAACCAUUCCGGGUAUAUUCGCGUGUAACUCUCUGUUCAGUAAUCUGGACUACCUCAUGUGGCGUGCAAAAGAAUCCGGAGUGCAGGAGGAAGCUCUAAGGAAAUAUCCCUGGAUGAUAUGGUUCCUAUGCAAAGCACGAAAUGAGAAAGUCUUCGAUAACACUAAUAUUGCAGCCUUUGAUACUCUGCAACACGCAACUGCUGAAUCCACAGCAUGGAAAAAUGCUCAAACAAGCAGCAUUACUCGAGAUGAAAACAAUACAAGUUCCCCAGAAGCUCCAAACGACGAAACAGUAGUUUGCCUCCCAAGAUGUCAGGUCGAUGCCUCAUGGGGCACAGACUCAGACUAUAGUGGAGGCGGUUUCGUUAUGGACAAGGAAGAUGGAACUAGAGUUUACGGCGCGACAGCAAGCAAUCAUGCCCUCUCACCUCUCCAUGCCGAAUUUUCAGCAAUGAUAUGGGCAAUGAAGUUUGUCCUAAACCUUGGUAUAACAUCCAUGAGGUUCGAAACAGACUGUAUGCAACUUGUCAAACUGAUAGAGGAGGAGGAAGUUUGGCCAUCCAUGGCUUCGGAGUUAGACGAUUACCAAUUCCUUAGAUCAUAUUUUGAUUCUAUCUUUCUCUCCUUUGUACCACGAUUAUCAAAUGUCCAUGCCGACUGCAUUUCAAAGGCAGCUCGAGCACGUGGUUUCCUUUUCACCUAUGUAAACUCUUUAAUUCCGAAUUGGCUAGCUCACGAAGCUUGUCUUCUCGGAAUGGUAUAA